UUAAAACUCAAAGCCAAUAGCAUGAAUCAUAUUGAAAGCUCAGACAUAUUGGAAAUAUUAUUAAAAAUUAUUUGUAUCUUCAAAUUAUAUGAAGCAAAUGAAAUUUUGCUCUCUUACAUUGAAACACAACCUUUAGAUGAACUUGUUAAAUUUAUUGGAACUUCCCUAAUAUAUGCUACAGAGAUGCAAUCUAACGAAUUUGGGGAUUGGAAAUCUGUUGUUGAAGAAUGCUUGACGUUUUUGGCUCUAUUAUGUUCAAGCAAAUCGCAUUAUCAACGCGCGUUUAUAUAUUUGUCUGAACAUAACUUUAAUAUUAAAUUAGAUUUCGAUGUUCUUACGUCACUGUUAAGGAUUUUGUCCAAUCAAAAAAAUGUUGAUUUUAUGGUUGCAGAAUGGUUAGUAGAAAAGUUGAAAGAUUUGUUACAACAUUACUACAUGUCACAGGAACUUGUUGACAAAAUUAUUGGUUUUUUACCAGAUGUUUUUACAUAUGUUCAUAAAUUUGAUGUACUUGUACAAGAUUUGUUAAUUGCUCUUAUGUCGCUUUUAAAAAUCGCAUAUAAAAAAUCAUAUUCUGUACCACUAAGUACAAAACUCGUGAAAAUAGUUAAAGUGAUUGCAGAAAAAUCCACAAAUUUAAAUAAACAAAGCAGCGUUGUAAAUAUCUGUUUAUCCACUGCAAAAUUUUUACAACACCCAUCGCUUAAAAUACAGUUUGCAACAAUUAACACUAUAACAGCUUUAAUGAAUUCUAAUUGGUCAAAAAAUUUUAAUAAUAACUACGAUCAUUUUGAUUUUUGUCAGAAACUAUAUUCAUAUAUGGACUGGAAAAGUUUGCCGAUAUCCACUGAAGAUUUGAUUCAGAAUAGUAACUCAGUUUCGGUUCAAACACUUGUCGCUCUUUUAUUAUUUAGUGCUUAUCAUCAAGAAAUUGCUUUUGAGGAAUUGGCAUAUUUGUGCGCUUUGAGAAAAUUAACUGAGGUUGAGUUUUUGUUGCUGCAAAAAAUAUGUCUACAUUAUAAUUGUAGUCUGGAGCAAUUAACAAAAUCUUAUGUCACAAACUUAAUACAUACUUGGUUGUCCAAGCAGUACCAUAUAUUAGAAUUUCCUUACUUUUUAUGUUAUAAAAGCAGAGAAGAAUUCAUGCUCCAAAAUGUAGCAACAAUAGCUGCCGGGUUGUUAAUAUACGUCCCAUUGCUAAAAACUGAGGACUUACCCAAAAUUAAUAAUAUUCCAAAAGAUGAGUUUUUACAAUUGGCCCUUCCCAUCAUUGCUGCAAUUGUGUUGCCAAAAAUAUCAAUGUGCCAAGAGACAGAAAAAAAAGAAUAUCAUCAACACUACAAUACAUUAUUUGACAAUAUCAAUACGUUUAAACUUGAUGUAAUUUCUCUUUGUUCUAAGUCUUUAAUGAAUUGGAAAACAUUUUUAAGUUUAACCACUCAGUUAAGGGAUAAUAAACAUUUUGAGGAUUUGUGUGGAUAUACCGUUUGGAGUGAUACACAUAAGUGGUUUAAUUUGUCAUAUACUUCUUUUAAGAAGUGUAUAUGCUUCAACUUAAGUAAAAGUUUCAAAAAUAAUGAUAGCGUAUCGCAUUUAUUUUAUACACUUACAAUUACGAAUCCACUACUCUUAGUAAAUGUUGUAAAUGAAUUAAAAGAUAACUUUAUGACCAGUUUUUUUUUCACUGAGCAACUAAAGUAUUUGUGUAUGUAUAAUAGUAUUGUAUUGCUAAUAAUUGAGUCUUUACCAGCAAAUAAGAAAUCUGGGGACUCUGCUGAGUAUAUUAUAAUGUUUUUUAUUCGGGAUAUGCUAUUUUUAAUUAUACAUCAUUUACAAGACGAUAAACACCGUUAUAUCCACGCCUUUUUAAUUAAUAUGCUGCAAAAUACACUUCUUAACCAUUUGGAGGUGAAUGAAAUAGUUAAAGUUAUUCGAAUGUAUAUUGAAUAUAUUGUAAGAAGUAUAUUCGCAUUGUAUGAGGGCUCUCAAGAUAUUGAAAUUAGAGACCUUCUUGUUUCAACAAUAAAAUAUAUAGUCAAUCAUAGUGAAAAAAUUAAGGAAAUACUGGACUAUCUGGGUGAUUUACCUAACGCUUCCGAUUUCAUGGAACUGCGGAAACGACAUUUAGUUAAUCAGAUUGAAAGAAAAAGUGAAAACUUGCCGUUAGUAGUAAAAUCAAUCUUAGAAGGGAAACAUAAUACAGAAAGUUUAAAGUUACUACAUGAAUUUCUUGCUUUAAAUAAACUGGAGUUUCAAUUACAAGAAGACAUGCUUUCUGAACUGCUAAAGUUUUUAAUAAAUAUUAUACGUGAUUCAGAAAAAUGGGAACAAAAAUUAUUAGCAUCUCAGUGUUUGGGUGAGAUAGGUUCUCAAAAAUUACAAGGAGUUUCAUUUUAUUUUCAAACAGAUGUUAUGUUUUACAACAAUGCUUCGAAGUCAAUUGACCCCAUAAAUAGUUUUGUGAGCUCUAUGUUAACUAUUUUCGACAAUCUAUUAAAAACUUUUAAAAAAGGAAAGCAUCAAAUUAUUUGUCGAAUAUCUAGACAAUUAAUUAAUUCGGAACUGAAAAAUUAUGAUCUUUUUCCGUUUUUUAAUGUUCUUAAUGUACCUCAGAGUCAAACAACUACUUUGGAUCAAUUUCGAAUUAUAAAGCACAUCGAUUGGAUCAAUGUUUUAAAACAAACUAUUUACUGUGACUAUGAUAUAUGGAUCUGUCAAUUUGUGUCAAAUAUUUUUAAAUGCUGUGAAUGGAAUGAUUUUCAUGAUAUGGCCAUUAAUGAUUUAAGCUUUGCUGAUGCAGCUUUUCAAUUAUUUAUUAAAUUGCUGACCUCAAAUAAUUCAAAUCAAAUUAAGGGACUAAUUGAAAUGCUGGAAUAUUUUUUUGAACAAUUCUAUAUUAAUUGUUGUAAUAACGUGGAGAAAGGUGACAGUGAUGUUUUUAAGACAAGAAACAUUUAUCAAGAGAAACGUAUCGUAAAUAAAUUUCUUAAUAUAUGUGAAUGUGUGCGCAUUCAUACGAAACAAUCUCUGCCGAAAAAUUUGUUAUACGUUGUUAAAGCUUCAAAUUAUUGCCAGGCCUUUUUUAUGUCGAUAAUGUACUUAGAAAUUUGGGUUUUAAAUGAAAAGGAUAUAAACAAAACUAAAGUAAAAGAUAUCAUAUCUAAUGAUAUUUUUCAAAACACUUCUAAGGAGGCUUACGAAGCAAUUGGCGAUACUUCAGCACUAUCUGUCAUUUUAAGCCCACUUCAGUCACGUGUUGAUUUUCUAAAUUUGUAUAAUAAUUGGUCAGACAUAUUAAUAGAAGAUAAUUCUGCAAAAAUAAUACAAGAACAGUUUUAUGUAUCUAUGUUAAAACGUAAUGGAAUGAUUUCUUUGGCAAAUAAAUUUCAAACGAAAUCCAAAAUAGAUUAUGAAGUAUGUUGGCGCUUAUGUCAAUGGGAUACUUUAAUUGAUAAUCAUAUAAAUCUAAAUACAAUAACUGAUUUGGAACAAGAAUUCGAAAAGCAUCAUUUUAAUUCUUUAAAAUGUCUAUUUAAUCGCGAAGAAAACAAUACUUUGGCUGCCAUAUCCAAUGCCAGAAAUUGCGUUAUACGUAUUUUUAAAGAAAUUAGCAUUGAAUGCCUUCAAAAUAUUUACAAAUAUUUGACAUGGUUUAAACUGUUACAGCAAGUUGAAGACUACUGUAAGAUUCAAUUCAAAACGAAUUCACCUGUAAAUAAAAUUUUUGUAAAAUGGCAAAAUGCAUCGAAUUUAAAUUAUGCUAGCUUCAGAUGUAAGGAACUUAUUUUAUCACACCAGAUUGUAUUAUUUAAAACGGCAGGAUUGCGUGCCACACGAAAAAUGGAGGAAUACUAUAAGGAAAGUCCAAUUGAAAAAUGCUUAUUAAAAUAUAUAAAAGAAUGCAAAAGGACAGGGGAAAUAAAUCUUGCAAAAAAUAACAUAUCAAUAUUAAAAAAUAAUAAAAGCGUUAACGAACAUAUACAGGCUGGUGUUUACCUAGAGGAUGCUUUGAUCUGUUUAGAAACCGGAAAAUUUGAAAUUGCAGCACCAUUGUUGCAACAUAUUAUUGAAAAUGAAGCAUUUGCAUUUUGUUUAGAGCGAGUGAGUGCAUUAAGAGUCUAUGGAGAAUAUUUAAUGGAAACAAAUUCAGACAAUUUCGACAACGUUUUAUCUACUUACUUUAAUGGAUCGAUAAGUCUUUUAAAACAAUUCGACAAAUCAAAAGAUAAGAUUCUUCAUAAAUAUCCAAAUGCUUUCCAUUUAAAUGAAUUUGGAGAUUUUGAACAACUGAAUCGCAAAGCCGUCUUUGAAGUAAUUGCAAAAUACGCUGAUAGAGAAUAUACACAUUUGAGCUCAUUUCUGAAUUCUAACGAAAUUCAAACAAAAUCUAAGAUUAUUAAGCAAAACAAAUUCGUUUUAGACUCAAUACGAAAAGCAAGAGAACAGGAAAAAAAUAUGGGCGCGGUAUUUAUACAUAAGUUUGCUAAUCUUGAUCAAAAAGAACUUGAAGUAAGCACGCAGAAAUGUGUUGAUUACUUAUGCAUUGCGAUUGAAAAUUAUAUAUAUUUUUGUAACGUCGACGAUUCAAUUUCUAGUCCUGCUGUAUAUCGAAUAUUUGGCUUGUGGUUUAGUAAUAAACAAAACGAAACUCUACUAGCACAUAUAAUUAAGCAUAUAGGUUUAAUUCCAAGUUAUAAAUUUAUUAGUGCUUUUAAUCAAAUUACCGCACGUUUAAACUCUAACAGCGUAUCUUUUAUUAAUUUGUUAAAAGAAAUAUUAGUGAAAUGUGUUAGAGAUCAUCCUCACCACACUUUGUAUCAACUUUAUCCAUUAAUUUAUGCUGACUGUGAUGCGCCAGAAAAUAAAAAUAAUAGAACAAAUAUUGUGAAGGAAAUUAUCACUCAAGCAAAAAAUGUUCUAAACUCAAACAUUAUAAAGCAAUUAGAAUUAAUGUUUCCAAUUUUGAUUGAAUUCGCCAACUUGGAUAUAAAUAGCACGCAGAAAACUAAUAAUUUCAAAUUGAGCAACAAAUUAAAACUUCUAAAGAAUUUAAAUGCGAUACACUGCCCUACUCUAGAUUUGAAAGUCUCUAUUAACUUGAACUACAACAUAAUAAGUGUACUUAAGUGGGAAGAUAAUGUUUCCUUAGUAGGUGGUAUAAAUGCUCCAAAAAAACUUAUAUGCGUUUGCUCCGAUGGAAAGUCCCGCUACCAGCUUCUUAAAGGUAAAGAUGAUCUUCGUCAAGAUGCUGUGAUGCAACAAGUAUUUUCAAUGAUUAACAAAAUGUUAAGUGGGGCUUCGGAAAUUUUGGAAAAAAAUUACAGGUUACGUACUUAUAAAGUUGUACCACUCUCAAUGCGAAGUGGUAUUCUAGAAUGGUGCGAUAACACUACUCCAUUUGGUGAGUAUCUUGUUGGAAAUAAAGGAGCUCACAAAAAAUAUCGACCAAAUGAUAUGUCGCAUAACACGUGUCGACAAUUAUCUAAACAACAUUUAAAAUCGAGUUCAAACAAACGCCAUGAUAUAUUCCAAUAUAUAUGCUCUAAAAUAAAACCAGUGUUUCACCAUUUUUUUUUUGAAAAAUUUUUAAUACCUGGAAUCUGGUUCGAACGUCGGUUAGCAUAUAUUUAUAGUGUUGCAACUACAUCUGUUGUUGGUUAUAUACUUGGCUUAGGAGACCGUCAUACUCAAAAUAUUCUAAUUGAUAAUCAAACUGCUGAAGUAAUUCACAUAGAUUUUGGCAUUGCAUUUGAGCAAGGUAAAAUAAUGCCUACCCCUGAAACGGUUCCAUUUCGACUUACUCGGGAUAUGGUUUCUCCUAUGGGUAUCUGUGAAACAAAAGGAAUUUUUAAAAAAUCUUGCAUAGAUACUCUGUUAAUUCUACGUAAAAACCAAGGCGUUAUUACAACAAUAUUAGAUGUUCUUCUUUAUGAUCCUCUGUAUAAUUGGAAAAUUAAAAUAAGUUGCCCAUCAGAAGAAAAAGAUUCCAACGAAGAAGAAAAUUUGAUUGCACAACGGGCUUUGUUGACUAUUCAAAAUAAGUUGGAGGGCAAACGUAAUGGCGUAUUUGGAGCAACAACUGUAGAUGUUCAAGUUCAGCAACUAAUAAAUGAUGCUACUGCUAGCAGAAACUUAUGCCUUUUAUAUCCCGGUUGGGACCCUUAUUUAUAAAUAAUAACUUUUUAAAAUCGCUAUUUUGUAGUGUUUUAUUUUAAUAUAAUUUAAAAAAAAUUUACGUGGAAUAAAAAGUUUUACUUGUAUUCUUUUUAUAUUAGCAUUUUAAAUUAGGAAGGUCUAACUAUAAUGUGUGACCAAAUUAAGUUCAUUCUGAAGAGAAGAAGCUGCAUUAUUUUAUUUGAAAUUAAAUUUUAUUGAACUAAAAGAAUUAUGAAAAAUUACAACGCAAAUUAUGGCUCUUAGUAUAUGAGCAUGCUAAAUCUUAAUACAAGAAAUGACUUUUUUCUCCACCACUUUUGCAUUAUUUAGUCCCAUUGACUUGUAAAAUAUCGCAUACAGAAGACGAGACGGGUUUAAAAAACACGUCUGCGUACUUACGAGUGUCCAGUCAAAGUGAUUUUACAUUUCUUUAUUAUAAUUCUUACACUGCUACACUCCAAGAGCGUUGUUGUGUUGACUUUAUAAUAAAAUAAAACUCCGUUGUUUUUGAGUUACUUGUCGAUACUGACUUUAUUUAUAUGUUCUAUUCUUAAACUUACUAUCGUUCAGUGUGUGCACAUACCGAGACUUGCACACUACAAGACGGUCAAGGUCUCUUAAGUUAAAAAAUAUGAUAUCAUAUUCCUCUUGCAUAAACUUUUACAGUUAAGCGUGGGAAUAGAAAAUAUUAACAAAUAGCGCGGUCAACAAAUAACCCAAAGCAUGUACACACUAGUGCUCUUCGUAUUCGAAUUUACGAAGUAUUCGAAGAAUUCGAAUAGUAAACGAAGUCUU